AUGAAUGCAACUUUAGGUCAAUCAGUUGCGAAUAAUCAAAAUGGUGCCUACGCAUUCCGUAUUCACGGUAGCGUCUAUCAUCUCAUGAGCUCUGCACUUAUGCCAGCAAAUGAUACACGCCCAAAAAUUGCUCAAAUGUAUAUAUUCGAUGGGGAAAAUGAGCUUCAAAACCGACUGAAUGUUGCUGGAAACCCCAACAUGGAGAGAACCACUGUGCGUCUCCUCCAAAAUAUGAUGCACAAAGUCAAUCCUUUUGUUGACUUAUUUAAAACCAUGGAGGAGCUAUCAGUUGAGCAACCUGGAGGAAUUCAGAAUAUACGAAUGAUAUUUCGUUCAGAGGAUUCUCCUGAUCCAAGAAGGUACAAUAGACCUAGAGUUCCAGAAAUUGGUGUACUAUUGUUUGAUGGCGACGAUGAAAGCAGCAACGAACAGCCAAAAAAUCGUGAUGUCGUUUUAAGAUUGAAAGGUUCUGGUGACAACCUAACAAGGAUUAAUGAAACCAAUCAAUUCUUUGAUCCUCUUCAGUACGUUUUGAUUGAUGACUGA